UAGUGGUAAUGAACGGAGUACCACCUUCUCACAGACAGUAGCCUGAGAAAAACACAACAAAAACACAUAGGCUCGAUGUAUCGAUGUAUUUCACGUCUUAGGCGAAUUUUAAAACAGUGCUUAAAUGAUGAUUAUAGAAAAACGAAUGCGAAAUAUCUGAAAUAUACGCGAAUGAUCGCAACUGAAUUCACUGUUGCUAUGGGCAACCGCCGAAACUUUGUAUAGCUGCAAGCCGUUGGAUCACUGCGGCUCAUUGCGGUAGAGACGCCUUUGUGAACAAAACGUAAAUUUUCGUCAACAAUAGCAUUUGGAGAUUUUUUCAACAUGACACCUCCUCAGAAAAAUCCUAUAGACCUUAAAACGAUGAUCAAAGACACUAAACAGGAUAUGGAAGAUGUCCACCAAGCCCUGGAAAAACUCAGAAGCCUUUCACAUGAUGAACAGACCGAAGCAGAAGUUUUGCGAUCCAGAAUCGACGAGCAGUCUACUUUGAUCUGCAUUUUGAAACAGAGAGCGGAUGAGAUGCUUCUGCGCUGUCAGGCUCUAGAUAAGAUCAACACAGAGCUGGAGAACCUGAGAACCAACGUGCAGAAAGAACUGGAGAACGAGAGAAAGAAAUCCGAAAUGCUGGAGCAGAGAUUCAUGGAUCUGGCCGCCAACCACCGAGAACUGAUCAACUUUAAGGAUGAAUACAAAAGCCAAAAUGCAAAGCUGGUGCAAGAAAACGAGAGACUCAGGAAUGAAAACGAAAAGCUUUUUAGCAAAGAGCUGCAAGACAAAGAGGAGACCAUCCUCAAACUGACCCAGGAGCUUAAGGACUUAGCAGAACAGCACAAGAGAUUAGAAACAGAAUAUCAGGAGAAAACCACAGGUUUUCAGACUAAACUAAAGGAAUUGAUCAGUCUCCACCAGAUCAAAGAAGCUUCUCUGAAGAAUGAACUAAAUGACACACAAAAGCAACUCAAAAGUGCUGUAGAAAUGUGUGCAGAGCUCGAUCUCCAAUUCAGACAAAGUCAGGAAAAAGAAGCAAUGAGAGAAACAGAGACUCAAGUGAUGCUAGAAAAACUUCUGGAGGAAAAGGAUGAGCUUAUUGAUCUCUCAGUGCAACGAGGGAAAAUUAUACAGGACAAACAAGCUGAAAUAGAGGAGUUGGAGAGGAAGAGGCUGGAAGCUGAAAAUGCCAGAUUGGAGGCAGAGCGCAGGUUCGAAAAGGAAGCAGCGGCCGUAAACAGCGAGUUAAAAGUGCAGGAACUACAGAACGCCCUAGAGAGGGCAGAAGUUACGUGCAAUGAGCUGAAGAAGGAGUUUGAGGCUUAUAAAAAAUACAGCAGUGAACUUCUUGACAAGGAGAAGGAGUUAAACAGCAAACUGCGUCAUAUGGCCCUCUGAACCCGCCAUUCCUGUCAUUUCACGUGUUUGUCUGCUGUCAUUAAAGUCAUUAAAGAGGGCCUGAGACGCUCCACAACCCAUGAUCACACAUACAUACACAUACAGAAGAGCAGGAUGAGGUGAGAGUUUUCUUAAACGUCUUCCUUCAGUAGGGGGCAGUGCAACUUCAGCAAAUUCUUUUGUAGCCAAAAAGAUUUUCUUCGCAUAGAAUUUCUUAAAUAUUCAAAUGUGUAGCUAACUAAGUCUUCGAAAUUAAAAAUGUGCAUUUAUGUAUUUCACUGUGCUUUGGUGAUCUGUAUAUGCAAUAAUUUAGACUGUUGUGUAUGUAGAUAAAACCAGAUUCAACUGUGAUAGUAAAAGCUCUCGAGCCAUA